UAAGCAGUGGAAACAGAUUUAUCAGAUAAAUAUUCAUCUUUUGUGGAUUGUCCCGUUUACCACUGAUGUACUUCAUCAUCUUUUGUAAGGAUGUUUAGUAGUUUCUCACUCUUAGCUCUCGUUUCCUAAUACGGUCGAGAUUCACUGGUUGUUUGAAAUUCCACGUGGCUUUGGAAUGAAAACCGAAAGUAUUCUUCACCAGAAAAACAUCGUGCAGUCAUUGAAAAUUGCAAAUAAUUUGGAUCGAAAGAAGUCGUUAUCGACCUCGAUACUACCAACGCAAAACCAAAGCUAUUUAUGUGUACCUUUGCCACCCAACGGAUUCCAUCAUGUGAAACAGGAGGCAUUUCUUGAAAAAGAUGAGUUCGAGGGUAUUCUUGUACAUACCGCAGUGGAGAAAUCGUAUCAAUCGAUCACACGAAGCAUCUCUCAGUCUACGUUAACAAUUCCAGAGAACUACAGUUUUUCCUCGGUACACGUACAAGUCUACAGGCGAAGAUGGGUGAUGCUAGUGCUUGCAAUGCUCAGUAUUGCAAUAUCAUAUGUACAGUGGAUACAGUACAGUAUUGUAGCGAAUAUAAUUACGAGAUAUUAUGACAUAAGUUCGGUAUGGGUCGAUUGGACAUCAAUGAUUUUCAUGGUGGUUUACGUUGUGUGUGUUUUUCCGAUAUCCUACGUUAUGGAUAUUCGAAACAUGCGACAAACAGCUGUGAUAGGAUCGGUCGGAACAGCCAUCGGUGCAUGGAUCAAAGUGUUCUCCACGCAUCCAACUCAGUUCCAAACGGUUCUACUGGGACAAAUUGUUUCUGCUGUUUCACAAGUGUUUUUGCUUAGCAUCCCAUCUAGACUUGCUUCCACGUGGUUCUCUCCCGAAGAAACAUCAUCAGUAUGUGCUUUCGGAGUAUUUGCAGCUCAACUUGGAACAGCCGCAGGGUUCUUUUUCACCCCUAUCGUGAUCAACAAUCAUGAAGACAUUUCUCGCAUUGGGGUGGAAAUAAAAAUUUUCUUGAUGUCGGUUGCAGGAAUUUCCACCGUGAUUGCUUGUAUGGUGAUUGCUGUUUUUAAAUCUGCUCCCCAGUAUGCACCUAGUCACGUGCAGGCAUUGCAGCGUUCGAUGAAACCGAAACGAAAGGACUAUUGGCCAGCAGUGUUAAGACUUUUGCGGAACGACAACUACUUGAUUCUUGUGAUCGCCUAUGGAAUAAAUGUAGGAAUCUUCAACGCAUUUUCGACGCUGCUGAAUCAGAUUGUGAUAAACUAUUUUCCAACUGGCGAAGCAGAUGCGGGUCGUAUUGGUUUAGCAUUAAUCACGUUGGGUCUAGUGGGGUCAAUGGUUUUUGGGUACCUUUUGGAUACGAUGCACAAGUACAAGGCUACAGCGGUGUGGGCGUGUCGGCUAUCGGCUAUCACAAUGGUUGUAUUUGCUUUAGCUCUCGAGACUCGCUCGAAAAAGCUAGUUUCAGUCGCAUCAAUCUUCCUAGGUUUCUUCAUGACAGGUUUUCAGCCAAUUGGUUAUGAGUUUGCCGCUGAGCUAACUUUUCCCGAACCAGAUGGUCCAGUCUCGGGGAUACUAAAUAUUUCGACACAGAUUUUCGGUCUCGUCAUCACGUUAUUAAUCUCCGGACUGCAGCAGAUUCUAGGAGACUUUGUGGGCAACAUGGUUUUCGCCGCAUUUCUCAUGAUAGAUGCAAAUAUUAUUUCAUUGAUCAAAUCUGAGUUGCGUCGGUAUAAUACUCACCUGGAAAUAGAGGACGAGGCAGCCAAAGAGCAGGCGGAAGAUGCAUCUGUUCAUUUUGAUACGAAUAUUUACGAAGACGCGCCCCUUAAACUCAAAAUAGAUGACUGUAGCAGCUGAAACGGUUCACGAUGUGUGUAUUGUACAUAUUAGAUUUAGAUUUUAAUGUCAAUCCUAAGAAUGAUGUUGAAUCAGAAAAACAAGCCAAAUAUUCAAACCAAGAAAAACUUUUUGAAUUUUUAUAAAUAACGAUAUAAAGGCGACCCUGACCACAAAAUUGUAUAAAUUUUUAUCCAAAACCAUUAACAGGUGCUACGAUUCUCUUGACCUCUGUCAAAAGUUAUUCAGUGAAAUGAAUAUGGUAAAAAAUUGAUUUGUGCGAUACAAUUAAUUAUAAUUGAUUAUAAAAAUUUAAUUUCGUUCAAGGGGCCAAUCACUUUAAGCUUUGUCUGAUUUAUUAAGUUUAGAAGAAAUUGUGUAAGAUUAUUAGCGGAUUAAAGCAAUUUUUAGAGGGGCUCAAUUUUCGAGUUUUUUCAGCUAGUCAAAGGGUUACCACCAGCCUGAGUUUGUAGUUUAAGAAAAGAUGGAGAAAGGGCAAAUGUAUCUCCAAAACGUUAGUGAAAUAAAAA